AAACGGAUCGCGCCGCGUUCAGUUCUCGCACGUGCAUUGACAGCCGCGCGUCGACCGUGAGAAACGUGUUCCCGUGUCUUAGCGGUUAUGUCGUUUGCCGCUUGGUUGCCGCUUCUGGCCGCCGUCGCAGUUCACUCGGCCGACGCGGACUACGCGUACAAGACCGACUAUUUGACCGUACCGGUAGACCAUUUUAGUUACAGGAACAAUGACACAUUCCUUAUGAAGUAUCUUUAUCAAGACACUUACUGGGAACGGAAAAACGGUCCAAUUUUUUUCUACACCGGUAAUGAAGGCAGCAUUGAAUCGUUUUGCAAGAACACGGGUUUUAUGUGGGAGAUAGCCGAGGAGUUCGGCGCCCUGAUCGUGUUCGCCGAGCACCGGUACUACGGCGAGUCGAUGCCGUACGGGUCCGGGUCGUACGACGACAACGACAAACUGGGCUACCUGACCUCGGAACAGGCGCUCGCCGACUACGUGGACCUGAUCACGUACCUGCGGCGCAACGGCACCGAGCAGCACCGGCGGACGGUCGGCGGCGCCGGAAACGUUAACGUCACGGAUGAUACCUUUGCGAACCCUGCGAUCGCUUUCGGCGGCUCGUACGGCGGCAUGCUGGCCGCCUGGUUCCGGAUCAAGUACCCCGCGAUCGUCCAAGGAUCUAUAGCAUCGUCAGCACCGAUAUGGCAAUUUACCGGGAUGACGUCGUGCAACGCAUUCUACAAUGUUACAUCUUCGGUGUACAUGAAGACGAGUACUGAAUGUGGUUUGACAAUUUUAAAGUCGUGGAGUACUAUAGACAGUGCCACGGAAACAGCCCACGGAAGAGAUUUGAUUUCCCUCAGAUGGAAAUUAUGUUCUCCAUUGAAAAACGAUGAUGAUGUUUUAAAAUUAAAAGAAUGGAUAUCAGAAGUUUACGUGAAUUUAGCGAUGGUAAAUUAUCCAUACUCGGCUAAUUUUUUGGCACCGUUACCAGGAAAUCCGGUUAAGGAACUUUGUAAACCGAUGAAAAAUCAUAAUGAACAGACUUUUAAGCUAUUAGAUUCAGUUUUUAAUGGGUUGAACGUUUACUUUAAUUACACUGGUACAUCUACGUGUUUAAAUAUUUCAUCCUCAACUCCUUCGUUGGAUGCCAAGGGAUGGGGAUAUCAGGCGUGCACAGAAAUGGUCAUGCCAAUGUGUUCCAAUGGAAAAGAUGAUAUAUUCGAAAAUAAGCCAUGGAAUUUCGAAGAUUAUGCUAAAUAUUGCCAAAAAACAUAUAAAGUCCAGCCUAGUGUCGAUAUUAUCGAAAAAAUAUACGGUGGUAAACAUAUAAAGGAUUCUUCCAAUAUAAUAUUCAGCAACGGUUUAUUGGACCCGUGGUCGAGUGGCGGAGUGUUGUAUAACAUUACGAAAACCGUGACCGCAGUGAUAAUACCCGAAUCCGCCCAUCACUUGGACUUGAGGGCGGCAAAUGUCAAGGAUCCGGAAUCGGUGGUUAAAGCUCGGAAAUUUUACAAGCAUAGGAUUAAGAAAUGGAUAUCCCAUUACCGGAAAUAUUCAUUGAGGGAUCAAGUCGACACGUUUUCGGCAUAACAAUAAAUUAUUCAGCAAACCGUUUAAGACGAAUUGCAACAUUAUGGUUUUGUAUUACGACGAUAUAUUUUUUUGCGGCGAAUCGAACGGUUUAAGAAAUACAUCGCAGGCAUUUACCUUUUAUUGUAACUGCCUGAACAUUGUAUUUUAUA